GCCUCGAUUUUGCAUUUUAAACACCGUAGUAUAUUAAGUUAGUCAUACAAAUGGCUUACAUGCAUUUAUUACGAGUACUAGUAAAAUGAGGACUGUGACACCCCUGAUUCGUUUAGUAAAAUCAUCAAUAAAUUGCUAUUAAUAAACCAUCAUUCUAAUUGUUUAUUCCUUUGCUACUUUGCUCUUUACAGUGCACAUUACGUACUCAUACGUCUUAUAAAUAAUAAGUUCGAACCACCGUCAUUUCUACAUAUAACAUGUCGGACUCCGAGUUUGAAACUAUUGUACCCCUAAAUAACAAGACUGGAGGUGCGAAAGCGAAAAAACCGGUGCAGAAAAGAAAGUCCGAUGCUGCUAAUAGGUCCGAUUCAGAACGAGAGUGGGAAGAAAUUGACGCGGGGACCAAGAAGGUGAAGAAGCCUCGCCAGGCGAAAUCUCCUAGGACUACUAGUGGAGCGUCUAAGAAAAAGACUGCCAGCAACCCCUUCGACGUCUUCGAGCUAUUUCCUGAUGACGAGGCAUUUGCGAAAAAUUGCCCUACACCAGACCAGCUACGCUCGUCUAUAACUCAACGCGUGGCUGAUGGAUUGACUCGGCGUGCUGCUGAUCUUGAGGGGGAGUUUUUCUUGGAGCUGCGAGUAUACAACACCGCCGAUAUACGCAUUUCAACAUGUGCGAACAUUGUGACCCCGAGGAUCCUUUUACCCAUGCUCAAGAGUGGAACACCCAGACAUUUGAAGACGCAUAUCCAGAACUUGCCAACAAGCAUGACGUGACCAUUACAGCACCAUCAAUAGAAACACCCAACAAAAAGAAAAUAAAAACUAAACAGCGUGCUCCAAAACGUAAAUUAAAAUCAUCCACUACUUUUGUGAAAUGUAGAAAAUCCGUUGCUGAGGGACCCCGUCUGAUACAAAUAAAAAUCAUCGGCUUACGUAACGGGCAGGAAAGCCAGGCAGAGAGUGAUGAUGAAGAAAAUAUGAUCUUUAGUGCUCAAUAUAUAGCCAGCGAACCAGUGGACAAUGUUGUGGAUUCGGCAUACAGUUUAAUAAAUCAAAUCUCUAAAUCAAUGUUACAAGAAAAUUUCUG